CAGUCAGUGUGACUGAGAGGAGAAAUGGAGCAGCAGGCAGUUCAGCUGGACAGAGAAACUUUCUCCUGUUCCAUCUGUCUGGAUCUACUGAAGGAUCCGGUGACUAUUCCCUGUGGACACAGCUACUGUAUGAACUGUAUUACAAACUUCUGGGAUGAAGGUGAGAAAAAGAAAAGCUACCACUGUCCUCAGUGCAGACAGACCUUCACACAGAGGCCUGUCCUGCAGAAGAACACCAUGCUAGCAGCUUUACUGGAACAGCUGAAGAAGACUGGACUUCAAGCUGCUCCUGCUGACCACUGUUAUGCUGGACCUGAAGAUGUGGCCUGUGAUGUCUGUACUGGGAGAAAACUGAAAGCCGUCAAGUCCUGUUUAGCCUGUCCGGCCUCUUACUGUGAGAAACACCUUCAGCCUCAUUAUGAUUCAAUUCCUUUAAAGAAACACAAGCUGGUGGAGCCGUCCAAGAACCUUCAGGAGAACAUUUGCUCUAAGCAUGAUGAGGUGAUGAAGAUGUUCUGUCAAACGGAUCGGAAGUGUAUCUGUUAUCUCUGCCCUGUGGAUGAUCAUAAAGGCCACAACACAGUAUCAGCUGCAGCAGAAAGGACUGAGAGACAGAACGAGCUACAGGGGAGACGAAGUAUCAUCCAGCAGAUGAUCCAAGGCAAGGAUACAGAUGUAAAACUGCUUCAACAGGAGACGAAGGCCAUCAAUCGCUCUGCUGAUAAAACAGUGGAGAACUGUGAGAAGAUCUUCACCCAGCUGAUCUGUCUCCUCCAGAAAAGAAGCUCUGAUGUGAAGCAGCUACUGAGUGAGACUAGCCAUAUAUCCAUCAUCAAGGUUCGUCCUCUGAGACACUUUGAGGAUGUGACAGCAGCUGUGACAAAGCUCCGAGAUAAACUACAGGACAUCCUGAAGGACUCAUGGACAAACAUCUCCCUGUUGGUCCAGUUUCCUCCAGAGUUGGAGUGUACCUGGAUCGCGGAGCAGGACUUCUGCACUUCUACAGUGUCUCUGAAACCAUGA